CAAUAACAAGUCGCGUUAAUCGCUUGUGCUGUGAUUAUUUAUUAUUAAAUUAAUAAAUAAGCUUUGAAAAUGGUGCAAGCGUGGUACAUGGAUGAAGAGAAAACUGAUCAGCGCCUGGAACAUCAUAAGAACCCGCCAGAAUUCAUUUCCCUCGAAGAUCUUUACAAGAAAACCGGCGUUGAAUAUUUUAAACUGAAUGUGGACACGUACACAACAGAUGGAGUGCUGGACAAGCUGAAGCAGGAGCGAGGGUACACCUACGAGGAUGAGAUGACCUGCUCCAAGGAGUGUCUGCCCAACUACGAGGAGAAAAUCAAGUCAUUCUUCACUGAGCACCUGCAUACUGAUGAGGAGAUUAGGUUUGUGCUGGCUGGUUCUGGAUACUUCGACGUGCGCGACGGCCAGGACCAAUGGAUCCGCAUCGCCGUCACCGCGGGCGACAUGAUCGUCAUCCCCAGCGGCAUCUACCAUCGGUUCACACUCGAUACUAAUAACUUCAUAAAGGCGAAGCGAUUCUUCAUCGGCGAGCCGGUGUGGCUGCCGUACAACCGUCCUGCUGACAACAUGGACGCUCGCAAGCAGUAUGUCGAGAAACUGGAGAAAGGUUUCACCGUCACCGCUUGUUAAAUGAUACCAAACACGAAUUAGACAGUGGAGUGUCAAGUUCCAUUUAUAUACAGAUUUCUUUUCAAUUGGUUUGUUAAACCAUUUCACAAAUUGAAAUAGAUUCAUCACUAAUUGAAAUAGAUCAGGUAGGUUGUUUUAAAAUGCUAUAUUACAUACGUAGUAAAAUGGGGUGAAUAGGGAUCGAGACGUGAAUAGGAACAGAAUAACGGGCCCAAAUAGGGGUGAGAUAUAAGGAAAUUCUUCAUAGUAUCGAUUCACCCUCUUCUAUCGCUCAAAUCCUAUUUACCCCAUUUUACUGUACAUAAUAAAUUUGUGCCAAAUUAUCAACUAUACUUGCAACCUUGACCCGUGGUGUGCCUGAACCUGAAUGCCGAUUUCAAACAAGACACAAUGACAAGAUGCUUCGUAUUGUGUCUGAUAUACUGCCAAACAAAUGUUAUUAAA